AUGCGCCCUACCCCUAAGCCCUCAUUUCUGCUCUCGGAAGUUGAUACCCCGACCCCAGGCAGGCGCUUCGUCCAAAUGGUCGAGACUCGAGGCGCGCGGCCAUCAUUCGAUGGUCAGGAAACAUCUGACUUUCCUCCCUUCCCUUCCGAUGGAGGUGACAUUGACCAAAAAGUCCCCCAUUCCUUCGAUGAUGAGGAACAUGGCUCGCCUCCGGCUGCCAAAAAGCGUCGUACAGGCGACGGCCCUGACGGUGAUAUCUCUCUACCCGACGAAGUCAUCUUGAUGGCCGAUCAGCAUGGCCCUGGUCACAAAAUCGAAGAAGAAUUGGCCUCGGCCCUCGGCGAAGGUGUCAUUGACACCGUCGAGCAAACUGAUCAUAAUGUAAACCAAACUCUUCAGCAUGGCACUCAUGACACCCAUGAUGCCACUGCCGGGCUUGCGACCACCCAGGACGGUACCUCUAAUCUCAAUCCCGACGUGGCCACCAUCAUUUCUGAGAUAAUGGAUCACACAGAGCGUCAGGAGCAAACCGUCGCAAUGGGACCUCAAGAACUACCACCGUCGAACGAUUUCCCGGGAGCCAGAGGUUUUGCUUUCCUCAAGGCCAACUCUCACCUCAAGAUUCAGAGUCUCCCUAUCCUGGAUAAUCUCUCUACGCAGAUAUUGUCGUUCCUUUCCAAGAACAGCUACCAAGACCUCACUGCUAUGGUGUCCGAGCCUGACUCCGAAAAUGGCCAAGCAUAUGCCACCAUGCGCUCCUUGUUCGAUCACACAAAGCGAGUCUACACGGUUAAGCACUCAUUCCUUCAGCCUACGGACCUUGAAAUCACAGACGCUUCCCAAAUUGAUGUUAUUCGCAAAGCGAACCUAGCGUCCUUUGUCUCGAGUAUCUUCGGAUCUCAGGAAAUUGGGUUUGCGGACCUCAACGAUCAUUUCCUAGACGUUUUCGUCCCGGAAGGUGGUCGUUUACUGAAGGUUCAAGGUGCUCUGUACCUCGAACUGAAGACGCAGGCUUUCAUCGCAGCCAUGCAUAACAAAUCCCUCACCCGUACGCAGCUCCUCUACAAUCUGUUCCCGGACGAUAUGGAACAGCGAUUGCUGGCUAGACGCCCUGGUACCCGACAGCUGGCACCAUCUGAGACAGAUUUCGUGAACCGUCUCACUUCUCGCCGUGAUAUCCUCCUCAAUGAGAUCAACAACGAGGAAGCGCUGAAUGCCCUGCCGGACAAGUACCACUGGGAAGAUUUCCUCCGUGAUCUUAGCUCCUACAUUUCGAAGAACUUUGACGCCAUAAAUACUCAACAGGGAAAGAAACCUGUCAAGGGACGUCAGCCGUCGAGUUCAAAUGGGGAUGCUCACGAGUCACCCAACACCACCCACCAGGGUCAAUUCUCACUGAACCAACAAGUUGAAGUCCCGGUGGACCGGAACAUGCAUGGCGACCUUGUCGCGCGUGCUGCCCGAGCUGCGCAGAUUGCCCUACAGGGCCAUGGCCUCCGACGCUCUCAGCAGCAGUCGCAGCAACAGCAACAGCAGCAGCAGCAUCAACAACAGCCCCAACAGACUCAGUCUCAGGCUAGUCCAUCGCCUCUGCCGCAGCAACCCCAGCAUCAACAGCACCAACAGCCGCAGCAGCCACCGCCGCCACCGCCACAACAGCAGCAGCCGCAGCCGCAGCAGCAGACGAGCCAACCCGAGAACCACCGUCUCACCAACAAUAUCAUAGUCCCACCCCCCCCUGGAGGUUAUCAAACACAACAUGCCUCUCCCUUGACUUUCCAGCAGAGCCCAUUACAGGCCACCUUCCAGCAAUACAACCCCAACGCAGCACAAGCUAUGCAAGCCAGGGCGAAUGGCAUGUCCUCCAACCAUGGAUACAUGCCCGGAAUUCCCCAUUACUCUCAGUCCCAGCCCACUCAGGUCCUCUACGAACGCGCCCGGAUGGCCGCAUCCGCCAAGUCUUCUCCGACUAGCCGCAAAUCUGGUCUUCCCAGUCAACGUCGACCUUGGACUACCGAAGAAGAGAAUGCGUUGAUGGCCGGUCUGGACCGCGUUAAGGGUCCCCAUUGGAGUCAGAUCCUUGCUAUGUUUGGACCUGGUGGAACGAUCAGCGAAGCCCUCAAGGAUCGCAACCAAGUUCAGCUGAAGGACAAGGCUCGCAACUUGAAGCUCUUCUUCUUGAAGAGUGGAAUUGAGGUACCAUACUACCUCAAGUUCGUUACUGGUGAAUUGAAAACCCGUGCUCCCGCCCAGGCAGCCAAGCGGGAAGCCCGCGAAAGACAAAAGAAGCAGGGCGAAGAAGACAAGGCUCAUGUGGAAGGAAUCAAGGGUAUGAUGGCGCUUGCUGGAGCGCAUGGGGCACCCGUGUCGGGUCAUGAUAUGUCCGCCUCGCCCAGCCUUCCACCGGAUGCCAAUAGCCAAUCCGUGUUUGAUCAAACCGCAGAGCAGAACCUCAUGCAGACUCUGAGCCAGGAGGUACACGGAAGUCAGUACCCUCAGCAGCAUGCUCAGCCAACUCCUGACCACAUCGAUCCCCACAUGCAGUUGGGACAGUAG